AUAAAUUUUAGUACGAUAUUUGAAACGUCAAACGGUUUUGAUCCCAAUCUCGCGCUCAUAUACGGUGCGUCUUUAGUUUAUAUAUUUUGUUUCAUUGUUUUUUUUUUCAUCGUUUAAUUGUGUCCAAGUUAAGUUUGAGCAAUUUGAUAUGAAUAAAGGUCUGUUCGUAGAAGAAUUGGAUUGGAACGAUCCACAAUAUGAACCAUGGAACAUAGAAAAACUCGGCGAAUUGAAUCAUGCACAGUUAGAUGCCUUAUUGGACGAUGAUGACGUAGAUCUUCCCAAAUUAACUGAAAACGAGAGAAUAGAUUUGUGUCUGACAGUUCCAUGUCGGGUAGAAUUGGGGCGUUCGAAUGUGUGUACUGGCGUCGAAAGAAGUUGGCCCAAACGUAUGUUUGGCAUACCAAAUUUCAAUGAUUUGGAGCCAAAGCAAAAACGUUGCAUCUAUCGCGAUAUGGAAAGAAAAGCGCUGCUGUUAUACAACACAUACGUUGAUGAGAAUCGAUUGAAAGAACGGGUUCGUCGACGUACAGCGAAUGCACAUGCUCCAUAUUGGGAGCAAAGAUACCGAAAGCAUCGAUUUCUACGCAUCAAAGCAUUGGCAGAUCAAGGGGAAUGUGGAACAAACGCCGAAUCAGUUGAUGAUGGAAUGGUCAACGCUGAACUGACUGACGAUGAUUCGGAUAAUGAUAAGUUGGUCAUCGAUGAAUCGGUUGCUGAGUCAUCUCUUGACAAUUCAGAGGUAACCGUCAUCAACACAGGUAGCACACAGCCGGAUAAAUCGGUUGGAAAAGGCGGUUACAGAAAAGAAUCAUCACAAAUCGAUGUGAAUGAUAACAACUACAAUAUGGAUAACGAUGAUGAUGAUGAUGAUGAUGGUGUAAUCGAUUACAUGGAAAACGAUGAGAAUAUUUCAAAUAAUUCGGCGGCAAGUGGUCGGUCAAUUCACUCACAAAAAACCACUUCACUUCCAAAACGUUCGGAUUUAAACAAACGACAACCAUUGAAGGUUCAACAGAACGGCGUUCGCAUCAGUGCUACGCUUCAACAAACCAUCGUUACAUUGAAUUCAGACGAUGAAGAAGAUGUUUCGGAGGAAGAAGAGGAGGCCGAUAUACAAUAUAACGACAUACUAUCAUCGCAGAGUUUUGUCACAUCAACGGUGCCCGAUGAUCUAGCAUCACCAGAUCGACCAUCUCAAGAUCUAAAUCUGUCUCCGGUUGAACCCUGCAUCGAUUACAGUGAUCCUACCAGAACAUUAUUUACUCGUGGUGUCAUCGUUUCAAUGCGUAAUUUAGGAAAACAUAUGGUUUCCAAUGAUGUUACGGUGUCAUCACAACAUGAUGAAACUACAGAAGUGGACAGUCUUGAUUUUCUCACUCCAAAUAUGAUGGGAGCACAAACUUCAACGCAACAAUAAAUUUAAAUUGUCAAUUUGUGAUAUAUGUCCAUUACCAAUUAUUUGAUUUGGACAUUCCCGCCAAUAGAGAUUAAGCUAAAAAAAAAAAUUUCAUUAAAUAUGUUUGUAUGGAAUUAUUUCGGACUAGAGUCUCAUACAUAAAACGGUCAUUGAUAUUUGUUGUCGCAUGAACAGUCACAAUUGUUGAGGUUAUGAACAGCGACGACAGCUCAACCAAUUGUUAUUAUAGUAUUACAAAUAGAUAGCACUCAUUGUGACGGGCUAAAAAGAACAACACAUACACAUACCGAAUAGAAAAUGUUCAAAUUAUCUCAAAACUAUUUCUGAAAAACAAAUCAUUUAUACACGGAAUAAAGUGAAAUUGAAGGAA